AGAGCCGAGCUCUUAAAAGCUUAGAGAGUUUUUUAGCCAUUUAGACUCUACUUCUAUUAUCUUACGUUCCUUAAACUACGGCAAUACCGCGCAAUAUGGACGAGGAGAAGCUCGCGCCGCCAAGCGCGGGCGCCGCGACCGCGAGCAUAGACGUGGCCCUCUCCGCCCUGCCGGAUGUCGACCCGAGCAGCCCGGCGCAUCCGAUCCACUGGCACCCAGCGAAGAAAUGGAGCAUAACUGUCGUGUACUCGCUGCUGCAGACAUUCGUCGCGCUGUCGACCACGACCUUCGUCAGCGCGGAGCCGCUCGCGAGGGCGAGAUACGAUAGCUCGACGCAGGUCGUCGCGCUGGGCCAGAGCAUGUUCGUGGUCGGGACGGCCGUCGGGCCGGCCUUCCUCGGGCCGCUGUCAGACGUCGGCGGGCGGAAGUGGGUCUACGUCGGGUCGAUCGCGGCGUACGCGCUGCUGAACGUCGGCGCCGCGCUGGCGCGCAGCCUCGCGAUGUUGGUCGUGUUCCAGCUCCUCGCCGGCGCCGCCGGCAGCACCGCCGUCACCAACGUCGCCGGCACCAUCGCCGACCUCUUCGGCGACGCCGACGGCGCCGCCCAGCCCAUGGCCCUGUUCGUCGUGUCCGCGAACUACGGCCCCGGCAUAGGCUCCCCCGUCGGCCAGCUGAUCGCCGAGAACGAGAACAUGGGGCUGCCGUGGGUGUUCUGGAUCAACGUCAUAAUCGGCGGCGCAUUCGCCGUGGUCCUAUGCUUCGUUCCCGAGACGCUGCCGCGGGCCGUCAUCCUCGAGGCGGCCAAGAAGCACGGGUCUGCCGACGGCUCCGACGCUGCCGUCCUGGAGCCGCGCGUGGAUCUCCUCCGUGAAGCGCGGUUCGUAACCUCGAUGGCCUUCCGCAUCAUGCUGACGGAGCCCGUCGUCGCCUUCCUCGGCAUCUACAACGGCUUCGCCUACGGCCUGCUGUUCCUGUACCUCGACGGCGUCUUCGACGUGUUCGUAGUCAACAACGGGCUGUCACCCCUCAGCGCCGACCUGACGUUCCUCAAUGUCGUGGUCGGGGUCACCAUCAUGUUCGCCUUCGUGCCCGUCCAGACGUGGUUCUAUAAGCGCGACCGCGGGAGGAACGGCGGCGUCGGACGCCCCGAGGCGAGAUUCUUGACUUCGCUGUUGUUCGUCUGGGGCUUCCCGGUCUCCCUGCUGUGGUUCGCCUUCACUUGCGACGGGAGCGUGUCGUUCUGGUCGCCCGUGGUCGCCGGGGGCCUGCUGGGCUUCUGCGACCCGCUGCUGUGGCUGGCGAUGCUGAAUUACAUCGCCGAUUCCUACACGAACGUUGCCGCGUCGGCGAUCGCUGCUUUCUUGAUCCCCUCCUUUCUGAUCGCGGCCGCUUGCUGCCAUCUUGGAAUCCUCAUGUUUGACAAUUUGGAGGCCAAGUGGGCGAUGGCAACGCUGGGUUUCGUCUCGUUUGGCCUCGUGGCGCUGAUAUAUGUAUUGUACUUCUUUGGGGCGCGGAUCCGAAGUUGGUCGAAGUUAGCUAGGAAACACUGAGUGUGGGAGGAGCUGGUACUCACAGUGAGUGAUAACGUGGAGAUAAUACAUAAGAAGCUCGAAAUGGGUAAUAGAAUUUACUGAAGCUAGAAAUUGUGUGUUGUUGCCAUAUGAGAAUGAACUCACCAAAUGACGGGUCAUGCCAAGUGAGCCUCUGGGAAUCCCCUUGCCUGCUUUCUGUGGCUCCUUUCCCCCAAUCUAGCUGGUUAUUGGAGCUUGCAUUG